AAUUUCGUCCGUCUAGCAACCGUGUAACGGACCAGCAUUUUAACAUGACGCGUAUUCCACAGCUAAUUUACAUUUGCCGUCGUUCGUACAAGAAAGAAGCAAUAACAAAUGCAUUUAUCGUACAUACAAAACUUUAUUUACUGUGCAAGACGUAGUUUCCAACAUCACAAGGUGCAUGUCGAGUGUCUGCGAGCUGCACUGUUUUUCCUCCCUCGUUCUUGCAUAGAAUACUAAGGCCGUACUCCUUUAAGAAAUGAAUUUCCUGCGUAACCGUUUGGUGGUCCUGGGCAUGGUGUUGUUGGCCACCUUACUACUUUACUUGCUACUUCCGGCCAUACGUCAAGGCAGCAUGGAACCAUCCCUCAACGUACAAAGACUUUUGGCCACUUCCCCACCUCCGCUUCCCAAUGUCAAUGUUUCAGUUCGCACAGGACAGCUGCCCGGGGACCCACCGCUCUUUUUCCGAGAAGCUUUACCAAUUGACAGAGCUGGACGCCAGAUUCUCCCCAGGUUGCAAGUGGUGCUUCUGCAUGGCCAGGCCUUCACAUCGAAAACCUGGGAAGAACUUGGUACCAUGGCCCUUCUUGCGACAAAUGGAUACCAGGCCCUAGCCAUGGACCUACCGGGUUAUGGCAAGUCACCGGAAUCUGAGGCGGUGAAGACGGAUCAGAGUCGAGUGGACCUGCUUUCCAGGUUUAUGGAGUCAUUGGGUGUGAGGGCCCCAGUGCUUGUGAGCCCUUCCAUGAGCGGGCAUUACUCCAUCCCAUUCCUCAUGAAGAACAGCGCACAACUGCGAGGCUUUGUCCCAGUAGCACCCGUUGGUACCCGCAGUUACACUCCACAACAGUAUCAGAAUAUCCAGACUCCAACUCUCAUUGUGUUCGGGUCCCUCGAUACUAAUCUGGGCGCCCAGUCCCACAAGAACCUAGCCCAGCUUCCUCAUCACACUGUGCUUAAAUUGGAAGGCGCUCGCCACGCAUGCUACAUGGACAAACCCGGAGCCUUUCACCAAGGCCUCAUCGACUUUCUCGGCAAACUCAAGUGACAUGUGCUGCAGUUAAGAUGGACAGGAAAAAAUAAGGGUAUAGAUUUGAAUUUGCUCAGUGUGUAUUUAGUAACAUUGCUUGAGCAAAAUAUUGUUACAAACUGUUAUUGUCAUGAGACAAUAACUAAAACAAUAAAGUAUAUAAAGCUAAAACUGAAGUAAAGUAAGAUCAGAAUACUGAUAAUGUACCGUAUUUAUAAUUUAUUCAUCUUCAUUGUGCAAUAAGCCCACACAUGUACAGUCGUGUAAUAUUUCUCUUUGCAUGCAAAAAAUAAUAGUUUGCAACAGCGUUGCCCUUUUUGUUGGUGGCACGGGUGUUCAGAUGAUUGCUGUAAAUUGUGCAAAAUGUAGCAAAAAACAGGUGCAUGUGCUGGAAAAAAGCUUUUGGUCACUUCAUUUCAACUGUUCCAGCUGAGUUCAGAUGCUCCAUAAUGGAAAAAGAAAGUUCAUGUUUAAAACACAUUUAUGGAUAUGACAAUAAUAAAGUAAAUAUCUACAUAUUUGCAUCAUGUUUCAAUGUUAUUGAGCAUGUAUGUGUCUUAUACCUCAUUACAUCGAAAAUGACAUUUUUUUUUUUUUUUUAUUGCACUCAUGUAAAGCCACGGGUUUUAAUGCUUAGUUUGCAAUCACUCACUUCCUCAAAGCUUUCUUUUGUCUUCUAUCACAAGAGACAACAUAGACAUUAAUAAACGUUAUGACGCUAAUUGUCUCAGUCAUUACUGUGAAGGGCCUGAAGAUGAUGAGAUGGUGAAGAAGGUGUGGUUGUAAAUGGCUGGAUGAAUAAUUGACAGCAAUUUUCCUCUCAAACAGCACUUUCUAUCUAACAAGGUUGUCAUUCCGCAAGUGUCAGCAAAGACAUUUUACUGGAAACUAAUCGUCAAAUCGCAACGUAGUCCAGGGUUUAGGGUUAUUCAUUGAAAAAUACCCCUUAUGUAGCAAAAAAUUUUAACUAAAAAUUUUGCAGCAGCUCUGGCAGCUAUAAUUUUGAUACUUAUGGGGCUAGAUUUCAUGAGCAGGUCUGUAAAUACAAUAAAAAUUAGUGGAUUUUAUUUACGGUAUUUAUUUAAUAAACAC